AUGCGUAUAAAUUCACUUAUAUAUGCUAAUUUGUUGUUUACGGCUAUCCAUGCAAAUUUCUUUAACAAAGGAAAUAAGGCAAAUUACGUUUCAGCUUAUAUAAACUCAUUCCAUCGCCAUAAUAAUAAUGAUAAUAAGCAUAAUACCGAAGAUAACAACAAAAUAAAUGCUACUAGCAUAGGAAAAUCUCAAGAUCAAUUAAAUAAUUAUUUUUCUAGGAGGUUUUAUACUAUUCAAAACAAAAAUCAAUAUUUGAGGGAAGGAAAGAGAAAUUCACAAGAAGAUAAUUUAACCAACUACAAUAUGGAAUCUUCUAAUGAACAAAACAACCAAAUGAUGGAUGGGGAUUCGUAUAAAGAAAGACUUCAAAAAUUAAAAAAAUAUAUGGCUGAUCAUAAUAUUGAUGUUUAUAUCAUAAUAAAUAGUGAUGCACACAAUUCUGAAAUUAUAAAUGAUCAAGACAAAAAAAUUUAUUAUUUAACUAAUUAUGCUGGUUCUGAUGGGAUAUUAAUAUUAACAAAAGAUAGCCAAAUAGUAUAUGUAAAUGCUUUAUAUGAAUUACAAGCUAAUAAAGAAUUAGAUACAAAAUUCUUUGAUCUUAAAAUUAGUAGAAUAACAAAUCCAGGUGAAAUUUUUCAAACAAUUGCUGAUCUUGAAUUUAGUACUAUUGCUUUUGAUGGAAAAAAUACAAGUGUUUCUUUUUAUGAAAGAUUAAAAAAUAAAUUAAAAUUUCAAUACCCUGAUAAGAAAAUUCAAGAAAAAUUCAUAAAUAAAGAUUCUAUUAAUAAAAUUGUUAAAGAUAAAAAUAUUAAUUUAUAUGUAUUAGAAACACCAUUAGUUACUGUACCAAAUGAUAAUGUAAAUAAAAAGCCAGUAUUUAUAUAUGACAGAGAAUUUAGUGGAUCUUGUGCUGCACAAAAAAUUCAAGAAUCUUCUGAAUUUUUUUACCAAAACCCUGAUGUAGAUUCUUUGUUACUUUCUGAACUUGAUGAAAUAGCUUAUUUGCUAAAUUUAAGAGGUUAUGAUUACACAUACUCUCCUUUAUUUUAUUCAUAUGUAUAUCUUAAAUAUGAUAGAAAAGAAGGAAGAAUUGAUGACAUCAUUUUAUUCGCUAAAACUGAAAAUAUUAAAGAUAAUGUAAUGGCUCAUUUAAAUAGAAUACAUGUAAAGCUUAUGGAUUAUGACUCCAUUGUUUCAUUUUUAACAAAAAAUGUCUCAACCAAAAAUGGAAACAUCACAAAGUAUAAUGAAAAUAACCUUCUUCUAAGCAGCAUACAAGAAAAUAACAGUCCACGCUAUGAUAUAUCUCUAAGUCCAAAUAUCAACUUAAUGGUAUACAUGCUUUUUAACAAAGAAAAAGUUUUAUUGAAAAAAUCACCAAUUGUAGAUAUGAAAGCAGUUAAAAAUUAUGUAGAAAUGGACAGUAUUAAAGAAGCUCAUGUUUUAGACGGUUUAGCUUUAUUACAAUUUUUCCACUGGUGUGAAGAGAAAAGAAAAACUAAAGAAUUAUUUAAGGAAACAGAAAUAUCUUUAAGAAACAAAGUUGACUAUUUUAGAUCAACCAAAAAGAAUUUUAUAUUCCCAUCUUUCUCAACUAUAUCAGCUAUAGGUCCUAACUCUGCUGUUAUUCAUUAUGAAUCUACAGAAGAAACUAAUGCUAAAAUCACACCAAGUAUAUUUUUACUAGAUUCUGGAGGACAAUAUUUAUAUGGAACAACAGACGUAACAAGAACAACCCAUUUUGGUGAACCAAAUGCUGACGAAAAAAGAUUAUAUACCUUAGUUUUAAAAGGACAUUUAAGUUUAAGAAAAGUUAUCUUUGCUAGCUAUACUAAUUCAAUGGCUUUAGAUUUCUUAGCACGUCAACCAUUAUUUAAUAAUUUUCUAGAUUAUAAUCAUGGAACUGGUCAUGGUGUUGGUAUAUGCUUAAAUGUACAUGAAGGUGGAUGUUCUAUCUCCCCAGCUUCUGGAACACCAUUAAAAGAAAGUAUGGUACUUUCUAAUGAACCAGGUUAUUAUUGGGCAGACCACUUUGGUAUUAGAAUUGAAAAUAUGCAAUUUGUAGUCAAAAAAAAAGAAACAGAUGAAAGCACAUUUUUAACUUUUAAUGAUUUAACUCUUUACCCAUAUGAAAAGAAAUUAUUAGACUAUUCUUUAUUAACCCCUCAAGAAAUUGCAGAUAUUAACGAAUACCACUUAACAAUUAGAAAUACUUUAUUACCAAGAAUCAAGGAAAAUCCAUCAGAAUUUGAUAAAGGAGUAGAACAAUAUUUGAUGGAAAUAACCGAACCAAUUCACAUUAAGUAG